AUGAGCUAAGAAGCAUGAAGAAGUUACAAGGUGACUGUGUCUCUUGGCUGGUCCUUUUAACUGGAGCUGCUCAGCUCCUAUUAGUGUGUGGACAGGGCUCACCUGCUGGAAUGUACCUGUCUUUGGGGACCACCACCUUCAUUAUGAAUAACACUGAGAUCCUCAUCACUAGCAUUGGAGAUGAUAAUGACAUUGAUCUUAAUCCCCCUCUCAUCUGUCACACUGACCUAGUGGCCUGUUGUACACCCAGUGAGACAAAUAUGACAAGAGGAAUUGGAGAUUGGCGCUAUCCAAAUCGAGAUCGUGUUCCUGGUGGAUCAGGAUCUAAUUCAGUAUUUCAACCGUUUGUGUCAUUGAGAAAUGUUCAAUCCAUUCAACUGGUUCGUAGAGAUGAGUUUACCCCCCCUCCGUUGGAUCCAACUGGUUUCUAUUGUUGUAUUAUACCAACUAAUGGAGAAGAUAUGACCUUCUGUGCCAAACUGGUUGUGUGCCUGUCUCUCCCUGCCCUGAACAAUGGAAUAGUCUCAUACAAGGACUCAACACUGGGUCUGAACACUGUGGCCACCUACACCUGUAAUACUAGCUACAGUCUCAUUGGAGACACCACCAGGACUUGUGGGAGUGAUGGAGUGUGGAGUGGCGUUGAUGGUCCAACUUGUGAAGUGGUUUGUCCUGUUCUCGCUCUGGAUAAUGGAGACAUUUUGUACAGUGAUGACAGCAGACGAGUUGGUACUAGCGCUACUUACAGCUGCAUUGUAGGAUACCGAAUUGUGGGAGAACCAGUGAUGAUAACUUGUCAGUUGAGUGAUAAUAGCACGCCAACUUGGAGCGAAUCGUCACCAAUCUGCGAAGACAUUGAUGAAUGCUCUGGUACUGAUCAUGACUGUGAUCAUAUCUGCACCAACACUCCUGGAUCAUACACCUGUACCUGUAACUUAGGAUAUGAACUUGCUGAUAAUGGAAGACGGUGUGAUGAUAUUGAUGAGUGUACUGGAUCCAACAUCUGCCACCAAGUGUGUAUCAACACUGAGGGAUCAUUCAUUUGUGGAUGUGAGGGAGGAUAUGUGCUGGACAGAGACAGAGUAACCUGUUCUGCCAUCAUUUGUCUACCUCUUGACUCUCCCUAUGGCCCAAUAACCUACUCUCCAAACACUUCCCCAUACUUAAUUGGAACACAAGCAAUGUACACUGUUGUAUGCCCUCCUGGACAGGAGAGGAGUGGAGGAGAUGGUGUGAGGAUUUGCUUGGGAGAUGGACAAACUACUGUGGGAGCAUGGACUGAGACUGCUCCCGUCUGUGCAGACAUUGAUGAAUGCUCUGGUGAUACUCACGGCUGUGAUCAUAAUAUCUGCACCAACACUCCUGGAUCAUACACCUGUGCCUGCAACUCAGGAUAUCGACUUGCUGCUGAUGGAAGAGGAUGUGAUGAUAUUAAUGAGUGUACUGGAUCCAACAACUGCCAGCAAGUGUGUACCAACACUGAGGGAUCGUUCACUUGUGGAUGUGAGGCAGGAUAUGUGCUAGACAGUGAAGGAGCAACUUGUUCUGGAAUCACCUGCUCUGAAUCUGCUGUCCGCAGUGAUAUCGCUGGCAAUGGGAUGUUUGUCUACUCCAGUGGCAGCACAACUCCACCUUUUGACUAUGGAACAACAGCUACGUAUCAAUGCAACGAUGGAUAUAGUCUAGCAAGUGGAGACAGUGUGAGGACAUGCACUGGUGAUGGUACGAGUACAGUGGGAGAGUGGAAUGGUACUGCACCAGUUUGUUCAGACAUUGAUGAAUGCUCUGGUGAUACUCAUAGCUGUGAUCAUAAUAUCUGCACCAACACUCCUGGAUCAUACACAUGUGCCUGUAACUCAGGAUAUCGACCUGCUGCUGAUGGAAGAGGGUGUUAUGAUAUUGAUGAGUGUACUGGAUCCAACAACUGCCACCAAGUGUGUAUCAACACUGAGGGAUCGUUCACCUGUGGAUGUGAGGCAGGAUAUGUGCUGGACAGUGAAGGAGCAACUUGUUCUGGAAUCACCUGCUCUGAAUCUGCUAUUGCUGGCAAUGGAAUGAUUGUCUACUCCAGUGGCAGCACAACUCCACCUUUUAACUAUGGAACAACAGCUACGUAUCAAUGCAACGAUGGAUAUAGUCUAGCCAGUGGAGACAGUGUGAGGACAUGCACUGGUGAUGGCACGAGUACAGUGGAUCAGUGGAGUGGAACUGCACCAGUUUGUUCAGACAUUGAUGAAUGCUCUGGUACUGCUCAUGGCUGUGAUCAUAUCUGCACCAACACUCCUGAAUCAUACACCUGUGCCUGCAACUCAGGACAUCAACUUGCUGCUGAUGGAAGAGGAUGUGAUGAUAUUGAUGAGUGUGUUGUACCCAACAUCUGCCACCAAGUGUGUACCAACACUGAGGGAUCAUUCAUCUGUGGAUGUGAGGCAGGAUAUGUGCUGGACAGUGACAGAGCAUCAUGUUCUGCUCUCUGUGAUGACAUCACCCUCACCAAUGGAAGAGUGACCUAUGGCCCAACCUCUUCUCCAAGACUGGAAGGAACCACAGCCACUCACAACUGUAAUUUUGGUUAUGUUCGAUUUGGUGAAGAGGAGAGAAUAUGUCAGUCGAACAGAACCUGGAGUGGAGAUGUUGUUACUUGCAAUGCCAUCAUCUGUCCACCUGUUGCUGACUCUCCCUAUGGCUCAAUAUCUUACUCUCCAAACACUUCCCCAUACUUAAUUGGAACAAAUGCAAGGUACACUGUCACUUGCCCUCCUGGACAGGAGAGGAGAGGAGAUGGUGGGAGGAAUUGUUUUGGUGAUGGAAGUAGUACCAUGGGGGCGUGGACUGGAACUGCUCCCAUCUGUGCAGGUCAAUCAGUCUUUUUGUCGCGUCAAGGAAUAACCUAUACUACCAACAACAGUAACAUUCUAGUAACCAAAAUUGGAUCAACGGAUGACACUGCCUUGACCUGUCACACUGACUCACCCACCUGUUGUAUACAAGGUUCAGGUGAAUGGCUGUUUCCUAGUGGACAGAGAAUUGCCGAGAAUAGAAAUGGUUUUUCCUUGACUAGACGCUAUCAAGUACUCAGACUCUAUCGUCGAGGUAAUACCCAGACUCCACUGGGACACUACUGCUGUAGAAUACCUGAUAGCUUGGGUAGAAUGGCAAGUAUUUGUGCUAAUCUUAUAGCCAACACCAUUCGAUGCCCCUCUAACUCGGUGAUGGCUCCCACUAAUGGGAUCGUCUCAUACUCUAGUCCAGAAGAAGGUGGCAGUUACGUGUAUGGAACUGUGGCCACCUUUUCCUGUUCCCCUGGUUUUAGUCUUAAUGGUACCUCAACUAGAACAUGUGAGACUGAACAGGGAACAUUUAGUGGCACAACCCCAUCUUGUAUUGCAAUCACCUGCUCUGCUCUCACUAUUGACAACGGAAUGAUUGUCUACUCUAGUGACAUGACUGAACCUUAUGACUAUGGAACAACAGCUACGUAUGAGUGUGACACUGGGUAUGAGAUAACAGGUGGAGAAAGUGAGAGGACCUGUACUAGCGAUGGUAGCAGUUCAGUGGGUCAGUGGAGUGGAACUGCACCAGUUUGUUCAGACAUUAAUGAAUGCUCUGGUACUGCUCAUGGCUGUGAUCAGAUCUGCACCAACACUCCUGGAUCAUACACCUGUGACUGCAACACAGGAUAUCGACUUGCUGCUGAUGGAAGAGAAUGUGAUGAUGUUGACGAGUGUACUGUACCCGACGUCUGCCACCAAGUGUGUACCAACACUGAGGGAUCGUUCACCUGUGGAUGUGAGGCAGGAUAUGUGCUGGACAGUGAAGGAGCAUCCUGUUCUGGAAUCACCUGUUCUGAAUCUGCUGUCCCAAGUAAUAUUGCUGUCAACGGGAUGAUUGUCUACUCCAGUGGCGACACAACUCCACCUUUUGACUUUGGAACAACAGCUACGUAUCAAUGCAACGGUGGAUAUAGUCUAGCAAGUGGAGAUAUUGAGAGAAGCUGUACUGGUGAUGGGAGAAGCACAGUGGGAGAGUGGGAUGGAACUGCUCCUCAAUGUUCACCUGUGGACUGUGAGACUCCUCCGUCUAUUACCAAUGGAUCUCUUGGGAUAUCAAGAAUCACAACAUUCAAUGGGACAGUGACCUACAGCUGUAAUGAUGGCUAUGCACUCUUUGGGAUUGCUACAAGUACUUGUCAGGCUAAUGCAACCUGGAGCAGACCGCCAGAAUGCAGAGGUGUCACUAUUAGUGGUAUCACUGGCGUGCCCAUCUUAAUUGGAGGUUCUGUUAUCAUCACCUGCACCACUGACUCUCCUGCUGACUCAAUAAUGUUGCUCCAAGAUAACCAACCUCUUCAUGAAACUCAGCAAUCAUCAACCAUCUUGACUUAUAACAUCUCUCUUGUGUCUGACAGCAUCUAUGGGAACACCUUCAAAUGUGAGGCCAAUUUGACAGGAAGAACAAACUCUUCAGACAUUGCCUUUAAUAUAGUUACCAUUUCCAUUGAAGUUCCCCAACAACCAAUUAUCGCUAGUAUCAGAAAAUCUGUCCCUUCAAUUCCACUAAUUGGAAAGAUGUAUAUUGUGACUUGUUCUGUUUCUAAGUUGCCUGGACUAACUCGCACACCAACUGCCCAAUGGCUGAAGGUUGCUAUGGGGACUGAAAGAAUCAUCUCGUCAACUCCUAAUGAAGCUGCUCUCAAUUUCUCUCCACUGAAAACAUCAGAUGCUGGUAGAUACCGUUGUCAGGGUAACCUCAAUACUACCGUUUACUCUCAACCCCUUUCUUCAAACAUCAGCGAUUUCGAUUUAAUUACUCAAAUACCAGCACCAACAGUGACAAUCUCAAGAUCUCCACCUAGUUUAGCCUUGUUUGCUAACCUCGGUGAGGUAACAUUUACAUGUCAAGUGUCUAUACCUCAAAGCAUUGAUACUCCUGUCAGUUUGAGCUUGACUUGGUCUCGUGAGGUUUAUAGCUAUCUGAAUACAACCACUGAAGUAUUCGUGGUGAAUAGUACAACCAAUACCAUUGAGAGAAGUUGGACCCUGAAUGAUUUAAGUUCAAAUGACCAGAGAGUAACUUGCAAUGGAACAAUUAGUUCAGCUAGCAGGUUUAUUCAAAGUAAUAGCAGUAUAUAUGAAGACACGUUAUCUGUUGCUGGUGUGUUUCUGAUGUUCAACGGCAGUGCACUUGACCAUAAUACAACCUCUGUACUAGCGAGGGAUGUACGUGUCAUACAGUGUCACUCUGACAAGACAGAUACAUUCGAUGACUACCAACAUGGAUGGACUUUCCCUAAUAGCACCAAGAUUACUAACAUCAGCACACUGGCUAUUGCAACACAAGAGGGAGGACACCUGGCACUCACUCGAGUAGGGAACAGUUCCCUUCCAGCUGGAGAGUAUUGUUGCAAGGCUCAGGACGCCAGGGGAACCAGCCACACCCUCUGUGUGCAUGUGGAGCAAGGCCCUACUCUACCCACAGAACCAAGUUCUAGUAGCACUGCCAUGGUUGGAGGGAUAGCUGCUGCGAUUGUCAUUUUGGUGGUUGCUAUUCUGAUCAUUGGAGCAGUUAUUCUCAUUGCUCUCAGAGCUCGUAGAUCUGGAAAGCACACUUUCUCUAGCCUUGCGUUUGGAGGGAGAGUUAAGCGUAAAUCUCCUUUCACUGUAAAAGUUGACCCCCUGACCCCAUUGGACAUACCCCUGGACGACCACAUCGACACGUUGACCCCUGAUGCAAGUAUGUAUGUGGGCGUAACUACCUUCAGUAAGGAACCAGAUAAAAAAGUUGAAGGAAAUCAGCAAGGAUCUGCACUUGGUACAAGCAGUUCAUUUUACACCACUGACUUCCCUGCUCAUGUGGACACAAUGCACGAGGACACAGACAAGCUCUUCGAGACUGAGUACACGUCCAUCAGCAAGGAGCCCCACUCUCCCAACAACGAGUCAAAGCUGCCUUAUAAUACAACCAAGAACAGAUUCGGAAACGUCUUCCCUUAUGAUUUCAACCGUGUUAAGUUGAGGCCUGUGAAGGACAUCAGAGGAUCAGACUACAUCAAUGCCAGCUAUGUCAAUGGCUAUAUGACCAACACCAAGUACAUUGCUGCUCAAGGUCCUCUGCCCAAUACGCUGGAAGAUUUCUGGAAGAUGAUUAUGGAGAACAAACUGCGAACAAUUGUCAUGCUCACCAGAUGUUUUGAGGAGAGGAAAAAGUGUGAGUGUUACUGGCCCCUGAAGGACAACCAACCUCUUGAGAUGGGCUGUGGUAUCGUGGUCUCUCUGACCAGUAUGGUGGCCUUCCCCGACUUCACUGUCAGGAGAAUGAAAGUCGAUCAACCCACCCUUGGCUCGUCCCCUGUGUUUGAGGUGACCCUGUUCCACUACACCUCCUGGCCAGACCACGGUGUCCCCUCCAGUGGCAUGUCCCUCAUCUACUUCACUCGUGCUGUUCGUAAGACACACCCCCAGGAUGAUCCCCGCCCACUCCUCGUACACUGCAGCGCUGGUGUCGGACGAACAGGAACGUUCAUUGUCUUGGAUACAAUGUUAGAUCGUAUGGAGCAGGACGGGAUGAUACAUAUCUACGAUUGUGUUACUCAUAUUCGGAAACAGAGGGUGCUCCUCGUACAAACUCUGUCCCAGUACAUCUUCCUGCAUGAUGCCCUCAAGGAGCUCAUAGUGUGUGGGGAGACAGAGAUACCAGCACAUGCUCUCAUGACAACCGUUAACCAGCUCAAAGAACCAGCUGCUGCUGAUGAGGAGGUAGACAUGGCUCAGUCUUGGGUAGAGGAGGACACACCCACUGGCUUCCAGCGACAGUUCAAGAUUUUGAGUGAGUGUUCUGGGCUUGACGGGACAGAGGACUACUACAGCUCUCAGAAUGAGGAGAAUGAAGACAAGAACAGAUACUCUCAGAUUCUGCCAAAUGAGAUGCAUCGAGUCAAGCUUCAGUUCUUACCUUCUGGUUCUAACUACAUCAAUGCCAGCUACAUUCAUGGCUACCAACAGAGGCGAGGGUACAUAGCCACUCAAGGUCCCCUAGAGCACACCACUGGAGACUUGUGGAGGAUGGUGGUGGAGAAUGAGUGCAGCUGUAUCGUCAUGCUCUGUACCCUCAUGGAGGAGGAGCAGAAGGUGUGCCAUCGCUACUGGCCCAAGUUCCAAGGAGAGGCAGGCACUUAUGGUGACUUCACUGUCACUCAGCAGACAUUCGACGCUUAUGGUAACUACGUUGUCAGGAAACUAUCUGUUGCCAUGGCAGCCUCUGAUGAGCCCCCCUCUGUGGUUACACAAUUUCACUUCACCCGCUGGACCGAGAAGGACCCCCCACAGAGCCCUGCCGCUGUACUGGACAUUGUGCAGGAAGUGAAUGCUGUUCAGAUGGCCUCAGGCAAUAAGCCCAUUGUGGUCAUGUGCAACAAUGGGAUUGGUCGCACUGGAGUGUUUAUCACCCUGCAUGCUCAACUGGAGCGACUCAAGAUUGAGGGUGUGGUCGAUGUGUUCCAGUUUAUCAAGUUUGCUCGCAAACAGAGGGAGGGGCUCGUUAGCAGUCCUGAGAUGUAUGCUUUCUGUCACGAGGCACUGGCUGACUAUGUGGACAGUUUUGAAACUUAUGCCAAUUUCAAAGAACUGGUUUAAAUAAUAACAGUAACUCACACAGAACAUUUGAUUUUAGAUAUUAUUGCUGCUUGUAGAGUGUAGUACAGACUCAGAUUAUACCAAUAGCAAAACUGUGUUUGUGUUUACCACUGAAUUUUAUGAUACAUGAACUGAA